GGCCGAGAAGGGCCAUCCCAAAGAGUCUGGUGAUCACACUGCUUGCUGUGAUGAGUUAAAUUAUGUCUCUUGUUGCCGACCUGGGAAUCCCACGUCUUCUGUAAGAGGUUGCCCAUUUUGAUUUGCAUGGAGACUAGAGUCACAUCACAGAUCUGACAGUGGUGUGUUGGAAACCGAGACCCGUAGGCCUCUUGUAAGGAAUCUGUUCAAGGGCUUCCUGGAGCGGUCUCCAGAAGGAGACAUUGACUAAAGGGGGUGCUGGAGGAGAGCAGGAUAUUGAGCACCAAAUGAAAGCGUUGGCGGGGGAGUUCCGUGUCCUAAGUGGAUAUACACAGACUUUAGAGACAGUACUCUACCCUGAGACGGGGAAAAGGCUCUUUUCUUAUAACCCUGCUAAACCUACAGUUGGUGGGUAUAAGUUGUCCAAAGGAUAAUAAAGCAUAAAGGAUCACAAACAUAGCAGAUCUCCUUAACCUGUGCCUGUGGGCCAGCCGUCAGAGUCGUGUGCUUCCCUGCCGUUGUGGACGGACUGAGGGGCAUGACCUUUGCUACUCCUUAAACGUUUCUUCCCCAUUUCAUCAGUACAAAUGCUUGUCCCCUCACCCCUCACCACUUCACUGGAUGUAAAGACACUGGGCAAAAGAUAUUCAAGUGAAAGAAGGAAGGAUUAAGAGACCAAGGAUGUAUGAUUGCCGGGGAGAGGCCGUCCCAAGGAAAGAACUGUGCAGAGAUCAUGUACGUUAUUAUUGCCUUCGUUCAACUGCGUUUUUAAUCCCUCAAUUUCUCCGCUGCCUCCUUGAACAUACUGAACUCAGAAUGCGCAUUCCAUAGCCACGGAAACCUCAGCUCUUCAGAAAGGUGAGCCACAGAACAGUUUUAUUCUAAACCAGUGUCAUUAGGUUCUAGACUCUCCCAUGAUCAUAUUCUGUGCGGUUGCCAUGGUAGUCCCACAUGCAGCUCAAGUAUCCAGUUUUCUGACCUGUUCCACCUACACAGGGCAUUUUACGUCUUAUGAAUGAUGGCCUAGAAGGGAAGGACUUACUUUGGAUUAAAUUCAGUAUGGGAAAAUGUUUAAGCUGCUGGAAAGAGGACCAGAGCUUACCACGAAAUUGUCCUGAACAUCUAGUUCCUCCACAACACCAGCCUCAUGGAUCCUCUUGUAUUUUACAACCGAAAAGAGCUCUGAACUUCAUAACAUGUCAUCCUUCCUCCACAAGUAAGAUAAGUCGAAAAUUUUCUUCUUCGUCAGGUUCGUCCAGCCGCUCAUUCUUCGCGUGCGGAAGGCAUAAUUUACUGGCAAGACUGCGGAGGAAAUGGAGGCAGCAGAGCCGAGUUAACUUUGACUCUCAGGAAGACAUACCUUCCAGCCCCACAAGAUCUUCAGAGCGAGUUGGUACCAUCCGAUCUCGGAGACAUUUUUCAUCCUGCAAGCUAAGUGUAGUUUCCUUUUACAGGAGUAGCACUCUCUAUGAGACUCCGCAAUGUAGCCUGAACCUGCCCCAUGCAAAGGAAAUGCAAGGCUUUCCCGAUACUCAAAAACGCAUAAGCUUCUCUGAACCGGAACAUGGCAGUAAGUGCUUUCCCAACUUGGAAACAAAAGCCGUUUCUACGCGCUAUUGGACUGUUGACAGACCGUCUUACCCACCGAGCCUAACAUCAUCUCCCUUUUCUCUUCCAACGGUUAUGUCUUCUUCCAGUCAAGUAAACGUAUCAGUUACUGAUGGCCGAGAACAUGGCCAGCUAGCGAAGGAUUCGGAAGAUGCCCUUCACCUCAGGCCUCAUAGUCACAGUACAAACUUCUCUCCAAGUGACCUGAAGCAGCAUCUGCUGCAGAGUAUAACUUCCACCAACCUCCCCAAGGACGGCUUUUCUCCAGUGUAUAAAAAUGUCAAUAGCUUAAAUCUUGAAGUCACCUCACGCCCCUUUGAGGAAGAAGGCUUUGCUGCUUUGCCUCCAAAAGAAGAUCGACCUCCACCCAUUGAAAUGACUGGAAUGAGGUAUAUGACAGCUAACACUGACACAGAAGAACAGAGUUUCCCAGGCCCUAAGGCUUUUAACACGCACAUAGAGGAACUGAAGUUGGAUGUCCUCCUUCAGAAGGUAGACCUUUUACGGAUAAAUGAGUCUGACAAAGUGCAGAGUUUUGAGCUGCUUUGUGACCACAAAGAAAAGUUUAGUGAAGAGAUAGAGUUUCUGUGGCGGCUUGCCCGUGCCUAUGGAGACAUGUAUGACCAAUCUACAAAUACACAGGAAAAGAAACAUUAUGCUAAUAUUGGAAAAACAUUAGGAGAAAGAGCAAUCACUCGAGCACCCAUGAAUGGACACUGCCAUCUGUGGUAUGCAGUUUUAUGUGGUUAUGUAUCUGAGUUUGAAGGCUUGCAAAACAAAAUUAACUGUGGACAUCUAUUCAAGGAGCAUCUAGAUAUAGCCAUCCAGCUCUUACCUGAAGAACCCUUUUUGUAUUACCUCAAGGGAAGAUACUGUUAUACUGUCUCAAAACUCAGCUGGAUUGAGAAAAAAAUGGCUGCCACUCUGUUCGGGCAAAUACCAUCGUCAACGGUUCAGGAAGCUUUGCAUAACUUUCUUAAGGCUGAAGAAUUGCAACCUGGUUAUUCUGUGUCCAACUACAUGUUCGUGGCCAAGUGUUACGUUGAUCUUGAGGAAUCUCAGGAUGCUUGGAAAUUCUGCAACUUGGCAUUAUUACUGCCUAUUGUUACCAAAGAGGACAAGGACGCACACAAAGAGGUGAAAAAAAUAAUCUGUUCUUUGAAGAGUUUCAGGCGGAAAGCACACAGGAAGAGUCGUGAGCACACGGACAAUGUCAAGUCAAAGAAUGUGGCCACCACGAAAGACUAGAUAGUGAAAAUAAAGCGUGCAAAACUGUAGCCCUCAAAGA